AUGAUUUCUUAAAUGAUAGAUUAGGAGUUGAUUAAUCAUUUAUAAGAGGUAGAUAUCUUACUACUAGAUUUAAAUGAUAUUCAUAAUAUUAGAAUGAAAGAGUAGGAAGAAUAGCUUAACAUAUUCAUUUAAGAAGGUUUUAUUAGACCAUUAAGUGAAAGAGAAGGUCUAUUUUUAAUUACUUAAAAUUAGCUAAAUCUCUUUCAUGAAAAUAUAAGGAUUUUCAACAACAGAUUAGAUAAAACAGAGGAGUAAAUCAAAAUUCUUAAAGAAAAAGGAAUGAAAUUUAGUUUAGAUAUUAAUAAAUAUGAAUAUAAGAUAAAUAAUCUUGAAAAAGAGAAGUAGAUCUUAGAAAAAACAUUGUAAAAUUAUCAAAUUGAUAAAUCUUCGAAAAUAGAGGAAGAAGAAUUUGAUGGUUUAUUUGAAAAAUAAAUAUAACAAAUCAAAAAUAACUUCUAAAACACUAAAAUUCAGGAAUUGCAAAAUUAAGUUUUCAUCUUAAAAAACUAGCUAGAGGAGAGAAAUAAUUUUUUUAGCUAAUUUGAAUAAACUAUUUUCAAUCAAUCAUAAUAAGAUUAAUAAAUGUCUGUAGAAUCACAAUAAAAUGAAAAUGUGGAUAGCAAAGAAGAUAGCAAUUAAAACCUCAUUCAAACUUUAUAAUAAAAAGUACAACUUCUAUAUUCUUAGGUUAACUUCUAUAAAAAGUUAGCAGAUGAAAAUCAUAGCAAAAUGAAAUAGUAAAUAGAAUCAAGGAUGAGUGCUUUCUAAAAAGAAUUAAAGAAAUAAUAGUUUGUAUAUGAAGAAAUAGAUGAUGAUGUUGAUGACUCAAAAGCAAUAGUGGAUAUUCAAUUUUCUAAUUCCAGAACACUUUAAAUUGUUGAAUUAUAGAAGUAAGUAUAUUUGCUUGAGGAAGAAAGAGAUAGAAUUCAAAGAAAUUUUGAUAAUUAUUAGAAACAAACUGAAUCAGAAUUAAAAGAAAUGCAAUCACACAAAAUAGAAGUUUAGGAGUAUAAGCAAAAAUUAGAGGAAGCACUUAAAAUCCUUAAAGCAAAGACUAAUGAUAAUUUAACUAAAUAAUAAAUGCAUUUUGAAGAUUUCAAGCAAUAUUAAUUAAAAAUUGAAUUACUCAAUUAACAAAACUAAAACCUUAAUAUUAAAUUGGAAGAAGAAUAAAGCAAAGUUUAUAAAAUUAAGUCAAGUUAUGAAUAAAGCAGAUAAUAAUUAGAGUAAGAGUUGCAGCUAAAAAAUGAAAUUAUACGUCGUUUUGAUCCAUAAUCAGAUGUAUACAAAGAUUUACAAGAAUAAAUUAGUGAAUAAGCAAUGAAAGCAGAAUAAUUUAAAUAGGAUUACCAGAAAUCUCAGAAAGAGAAACAUUAAAUAUAAUCUUAGUUGUAAGAAUAAAUUGAUAAGCUCUCAGAAGAAAAUAAAAUAUUGCUAUCAUUGUGUGAGUCAGCUUAAUCAUAAAGUUCUAUUAGUAAUACUCUUUAAAUUACUAAUGAACCUUAAGUAGAAAACAAAGAAUAAGUCCAGCAAAGUAUUGCUAAUAAUUUAUUUAAACAACUUUAUGAUUUUUAGAAAAAGAAAUUCUAAAGCUUAAAUUUAGAGCUAUAGAUAAUAUAAGCAGAAAAUUAAUAAAAUAAAUAAGAAAAAAUUAAACUUUUAGAAGAAAAUAGUAAAAUUAACUAAAGAUUAAGAUAACUAUAGCUAAUUUAAAAGCAAAAUAAAAAGAACGGAAAUACUAUCUCUUCAAGUAAAAAAGGUCCUAAAUCUACAUUAAAAGAUUAUGAGCCUUUAAGUGAAAACAUACAAAAUAUAUUAACUAUUAACAAAGAAUAUAAAUAAAAAAUUCAAGAGCAAUAAUUAUAGAUUGUUAGCUUAAGAACUUAAAUAGAAACCUUAAAGUAAUCGCAGGAUUUAGAGAAAAGUUAAUAAAGUUCAUUUUCUUCUGAAGAAGAAGUUAUGCUUAGAGAAGAUUAACUAGAAAUUAAUGAUGAUAUUCUUAUCAUGCAAGCAUUAUAAAAAACUGAUUAAUUCAAAGAAUUAUUUUAGUAAAAUUGA